GUGUACAAGAUGUUAGUAGAGACGUGCACCCAAACAAAUGCAUGGACAUAGACUUGCUUCUGUACGAGUUCCAGAGAAAAUGGUGGCUACUGUGCUCACCUUGCUCACCUCAAGUAACCAUGUUCAACCUGAUGAGCAACUGCUGCACCUGGGUCUCCAAAAUACAGGAGCCAAUCAGGAAAGUGACUGUUCUUGUGGUUGGUCUUGACAAAGCAGGAAAAACAUCCUCUAUCCGAGGAAUGUUAAGAGUCCCCCAUGUUGCGGAAUCAGGACCCACCCAAGGCUGUAUCAGAAAUGAGCUGCGGGUGGAGAACUACCUGGUCACCCUGCUGGAUGUGGGAGGAUCGGUGGAAUCGAGGGAAGCAUGGAUGGAGCUCUGUGGACAGGCCCACGGGAUCAUCUUUGUGGUGGACUCCAGUGACAGGCAGAGGAUGAGGGACGUCAAGGAGGUUCUGACUGACCUGCUGAAGCAAUCGAGGGUGGCAGGAAAACCCAUACUAGUGUUGGCCAACAAACAGGACAAAAUGAACGCUUUGCUGGGAAGUGAGCUGAUUGAGAUUCUGUCUUUGGAAAGGCUGGUCAACCAGAGCCGCUCUCUCUGCCAUAUUGAGCCUUGUUCAGCCUUAAUGGACCUGCGACGCUGGUCAGACAGGAAGACUCUACGAGGCCUUCGCUGGUUGCUGCAUGCUAUUUACCUGGAUUAUCCAGAGCUAUGUACUCGUGUAGCCCAGGACAGCAACAGACCCUUGGAACCAAGAGAGAGGGAGAAGAACGGGAAAGCAGAGAAAGUUCGCAGAAAACCCAAGGGGGAAAGAAUGCGAACCAGCAAGUCAGAUCUUCGCCAGGUUCAUCGGCCGAAGGACAAGGAGAAAAAGACCAGGGGGGAAGGAAAGCUGCAGCCUAUUCGAAACAUGCUGCAAAAGGAGACAACACUUAAAAAGAAGCUGAAGACAAGUAAGAAGAAGAAGCCGGUUAAGGUCAAGGAGGGUGAAGAAGAUCAGGAGGAAGCAAAUGAUCAGGAGGAGGAGGGUGACGCUAAUGAAGCAGAGCAUGAGCCCUCAAGUCACCGAGAGAAAGCCAGCAGUGCCCUGAUCCCCCCCAAAAAAGGCAAACUGAAAGGCAAAACAAAGGUGAAAGAGGAGACUCUGGAUGUGCUAGAAUCACCGGACAAUGACGACAAGCCACUAAAAGCUAAAGGGGACAAGAAGAAAAAGAAGAAGGUUGUGAAAGUAAAAAGGAAGAACAAGAUCAACACAGAGGAGAUCCCUGCAGCUUACACUCAGCCAGUGGACCUGUCCGCAACCUUUGAUCUUUAUCGAAAAGCAAUACUGGCUCUGAAGGAACGUCAAGAUCAGGGACAGUGAGAGUGAGUCCUGGUUGCGGCUUGAAUGUGAGGAAGUGGUCCACAGCAGUAAUAUACGCUCACACUACGUCACUUCACAAACUCUCACACCCUUUCUUUGCCACUCAGCGGGGAAAAGACGGACACACAGAUUUUGACUGAUAUUAUUUGUCACUUUCUAUACACUCGACCACCUCAGACCUGAUCCCUGAACAUUUGGAGUGAAACUAGACAUUCCAAUGUGUAGUGAAGGGCAGGUAUAAGUAUGCAUGUAAUAAUGUAGAAAUAAUACAUUAAAGUUAUAGAGUUAUAGAUGAACUUGUGCACU